GAUAUUUAAGUCUUCUCCGCGGCGCGGAGCCGCGAUGUCUCCGGCGGCUGCGGCGGCUGGCGGAGGCGAGCGGCGGCGGCCGAUAGCGAGCGUCAGGGACGGCCGGGGCCGGGGAGGGGGCUGCGGCGGCCCGGCCGGGGCGGUGGUCCUCGGCCUGUCGCUGUUCGGCCUCGUGCUGUACCUGGUGCCGGCGGCGGCGGCGCUGGCCUGGCUGGCCGUGGGGGCCACCGCGGCCUGGUGGGGACUGAGCCGCGAGCCCCGCGGUUCGCGCGCCCUUUCCUCUCUCGUUCGGAACGCGCGGCGUCAGCGGCCCCUGCACGUCUCGCCUCCGGCUAAGUCGGCGGUGAACGGAAACCUCCUAGAGUCGCGGACCCUGCUCGAAGGACCGGACCCCGCCGAACUGCUCCUCAUGGGCAGUUACCUGGGCAAGCCCGGCCCCCCGCAGCCUGCACCCGCCCCGGAGGCCAGGGACCUACUGGAGAGGCCUGGCCGCCGCCGAACACCCGCUCGCGCCGCGCCGCCUGCGCCCUCGGCCCAUCUUGUGCACCACACUCACCCCUCUCUCCCCACUCCUCUUCUCCGACCCCCUAGGAGGCCUUCCCACCGGGAUUGUGGGACUUUAUCAAACCGGUUUGUAAUAACACCUCGAAGACGAUACCCAAUCCAGCAAGCCCAAUAUUCCCUUCUGGGGGUACUUCCUACAGUGUGCUGGAAUGGUUAUCACAAGAAGACUGUGCUAUCUGCUCGUAAUUCCAAAAUGGUGUGCAGCCCAGUGACAGUGAGGAUUGCUCCUCCAGAUAGUAAAUGGAUUCGUUCACCAAUACCAGAGCAGACAAUCAACUCAACGCUGUCCUCACCAUCAAGUAAUGCCCCAGAUCCAUGUGCAAAGGAGACCGUACUGAGUGCCCUCAAAGAGAGGAAGAAAAGGACAGUGGAGGAGGAAGAUCAAAUAUUUUCUGAUAGCCAGGAAAAUAAAAGAAGGCGCCAUGAUAGCAGCGGGAGUGGACAUUCAGCAUUUGAGCCCCUGGUGGCCAACGGAGUCCCCGCUUCUUUUGUGCCUAAGCCUGGCUCUCUGAAGAGAGGUCUCAAUUCCCAGAGCUCAGAUGACCACUCGAAUAAGAGAUCUCGCACCUCUUCCAUGAGCUCCUUGACGAGCACGUACACAGGUGGCAUCCCUAGUUCCAGUCGCAAUGCCAUUACUAGUUCUUACAGUUCUACUCGAGGUUUCUCUCAGUUUUGGAAGAGAAGUGGGCCCAGCUCAUCACCAUUCUCUAGCCCAGCCUCAUCCCGCUCCCAGACACCAGAGAGGCCAGCAAAGAAAAUCAGAGAAGAUGAGCUUUCUCAUCACUCCAGUUCUUCGACUCCAUUGGCAGCAGACAAGGAGGCCCAGGGAGAAAAAGCUGCAGAUACAACCACGUGGAAGGCACAGAACUCGUGGAGCUCCCCAUCCACACCUGGCAGCUCUGGGCAGCGCAAGCGGAAGAUUCAGUUGCUGCCCUCCCGGCGAGGGGCCCGGCUGACCCUGCCCCCACCUCCCCAGCUUGGCUAUUCUAUCACUGCUGAAGAUCUGGAUCUGGAAAAGAGAGCCUCACUGCGGUGGUUUAACAAGGCCUUGGCAGAUGGGACCGAUACUUCCUCGAAUUCUGUCACUGAGAAGCCCCCUACCACUCAGCCUUCUCUGACGUUCACCCCGCCUGCUGCUGGGACCACCACCUCCCCAGCCACCCUCCCAGCCCCAAACACCAACCCGCUGCUCGAGAGCUUGAAGAAGAUGCAGAGUUCUGCUAGCCUCCCAUCUUCCUCGGAAUCUGCUGGAGUGGCAACCACUGUGGCCCCUUCGCCUCCGAAGACACCCAGCCUGCUGCCCUCUCUCAGCUCUUCACAGUCAGGGGCCCUUCCAGGCGCCUCCUCGGACUCCAAGUCCACAGCCACUUUCUUGGGACUGACCCCUGCUGCGUCCCUGACACCAGCCACCGACACCACCAAGUCACCUCUGGCUCCUCAGGCUGAGACAUCUGCCAAACCUGCAGCCCCGCCCACUCCAUCCCCCUCCCCCAAGCAGAGUCUUCUGCUGGGAAUGCUGAGCACCCCGCCUGCUGACCCCCCUGCGUCGACGCCCCCCACCGUGUCGUCCGCGUCCCCCAUGUUCAAGCCCAUCUUCAUGGCCCCACCAAAAAGUGAGAAUGAGGGCCCCUUGCCAUCUAGCCCCUCAAAGGUCACCACCACGACCCCUUCCAGCUCUGCCCUCCUUGCACCCACCAGCAGCCCUCAGCCCUCUUUCAAGCCUAUCUUCGGCAACAUGGGGCCCCCGACAUCCACGCCCUUGUCUCCUGCCUUCUUCAGCCAGACCGCUGCCCCAGCCACUGCUGCGAGUACCCCUCUCUUCCCCGGCCAGGCCAGUGCCACCUCAACCGUGGCUCCUGUCAGCGCAGCCAGCACUUCUAUAGACUCAGCUUCAAAGCCCACGUUCAGCUUUGGCGUGAGCACUGUGACCAGCACCACCACCUCUGCUGCCCAGCCUUUCCUCUUUGGGCCCCCCCCCACCUCCGGGGCCAGCUUUAGCCCAGCCAUAGGCUCCAUAUUCCAGUUUGGCAAGCCGCCUGUGGCACCCGUGUCGACAACAGUCACCACAUUUGGCCAAUCCGUCCCUGGGGCUGUGCAGACAGCCACCACCACCACUACCAGCAGCAGCAGCAGCAGCAGCACCUGCUUCAGUGGGUUCAGUGGCAGCCUCACCACCCCCGCCCCUGCCACCAGUAGCCAGCCAGCGCUGACCUUCACCACCACCACCACCCCAGCCUUCCACAUUCCCUUUGGCUCAAGCACCAAGCCCACUCUCCCUUCAUAUCCAGGAGCCAAUCCCCAGCCCACAUUUGGGGCCACCGACGGGCAGCAGCAGGGUGCCACUAAGCCAGGCCUAGCCCCGAGCUUUGGCAGCUCUUUCACUUUUGGGAACACGGCAGCUGCGGCCUCAGCCGCAACCCCAGGGCCUGGCCCAGUCCAGCCCACCUUUGGCAGCCCUGCACAGGCUAGUUUUGGUGGUUUGAAGCCCACUGCCUCUGCCUUUGGCACCCCUGCUAACACCCAGCCAGCCUUUGGCAGCACCACAUCUGUAUUCUCCUUCGGGGCAGCCUCCACCUCUGGCUUUGGAGCGACAACCCAGACCACCAGCAGCGGGACCGGCAGCUCUAUGUUUGGCAGCACAACACUGUCACCCUUCACGUUUGGGGGAUCAGCUGGCCCAGCUAGCAGCGGGGGCUUUGGGAUCAACGUGGCCACCCCUGGCACCUCUGGAGCCUUCAGCUUCGGCACAGGACAGAGUGGGGCUGCUGCCAGCACGACCCCUUUUGGAGGAGGCUUGAGUCAGAGCACGUUGGGCGCACCUAGUCAGAGCACACCUUUUGCCUUCAACGUGGCCAGCACACCGGAGAGCAAACCCGUGUUUGGAGGUACCUCCACACCCACCUUUGGUCAGAACACCCCUGCCCCUGGGGUGGGCGUGUCAGGCAGUGGUCUCUCCUUUGGGGCAUCCUCAACACCCACCCAAGGCUUUAUUGGAGUUGGACCUUUCGGAUCGGCGGCCCCUUCCUUUUCCAUUGGUGCAGGAUCCAAGACCCCAGGGGCUCGGCAGCGACUGCAGGCCCGCCGGCAGCAUACCCGCAAGAAAUAGCCCUUGCCUUUGUCCCUGUUCCAUCCCCCCGAUUCCCUGCCCAACUCUGGACCUCAGCACCUGCUAGGAAGAGCCUCUGGAGCUUCUAGUUCCAUAAAGCAACCUCCCCCAGAUCUCUGGCUUCUGCCAGUGGGAGGCAGCGGCAGCCCUGGCAGCCAUCUGGCUCCUGGAGGAAGAAGCCUCAGGCCCUGGGGGUGGCAGUGGGGGUGGGGGGCGGUGGCCUGCUACCUGUACUUGAACAGCUCCGGUGAAGCUGGAGAGAACUAAAGAACAUCUGUACAUAUCGUCCACCUCCUUCCCUGACUCUUGUCUGGCGUUAUGAGCGUAGUCAGGCAGUCUCCCCUCCCGCCUACGCCCCUCCUGAAGCCAGCUUGGCAGGGGCCAGGGGGUGGGAGGCGUCUCUGGCACAGCCCAGGCCCUGGCUGCCAGAAGUUGGGGAGCUGGGUUGGCCCUGCAUCUUUACCUUGCUUGGCUUGCCUAUAAAAGUGUUUCUCCUUGGGUCCCAUUAGGGGACCGGCUUCCCCGUUUCUUGCUGCUUUGUCCCUCACUGGUUCCUUGCAGGAUCUACCCCUUUUUAAAUGACCUUGAAUCUAGCUUUGCCUUGGAGACCCCAGUGGGUGCUGCUCCUGCCGUUCCACUUCCUCCUGCCAAGUCCAAGUCAAUGUUUUUUCCCCAACCCUCUGCCAGUUUGGCCCCUAAAAGCUUGGUGGCGCAAGACUGUUAGCCUGGCAGCUGCAGGGGAGAUACCUCGCUCGGGCGUGGGGGGGGGGGCUCUAGGAGCAGACAGGACACCCCCUACCCCCCUGCUGUUGAGCUGCCUCCUCGCCCACCUUCCCCGCUGGCCUCCGCGGGACGCAUCCGCCUCUCCUCCCCAGGGUUGUAUGUUUAAAGCCUUGUCCUGUGUUCCUGUCUGAUGCUCAUGUCUAUUGCUCUUUGAAUCGAGUUUGGAGGAAGAAUUGAAUUGUAUGAGUGGCGGCAUGUUGGUAGUGCCGGACUUAACUGUUUCAAGUUUCUGGGGCCUCGCUAAUUGAAUGUGGAAAGUAGCACCACUUUAUGGCUACACGUGCUGACUCCUGGAUUUUCAAAUGGUGUUUUGACUUUAAGGGCUGGCAGCCCAAGAGGAUGGGGCCAAGGGGAAGCAAAGAUCUCUUCCCUCCACUGUUUCCCUCCCACUCACCUGACCCGACCCCAGCACCUGUUAGAAAACCAAAAUUAAGGAACCACACUUCAGAAUUCUUCAGGUUCCCCCAACCCCCAACAGAGUCUCCCCUCUUCUCCUUUGUUCCCUGAUCACAAACCCUGGGCCCAAGAGCCUUGCUGCCAUGCCCAUCCUCUUUGGGAGAAGUAUGAAUGCGUGUGUCUAAAUUAAAAGAAAAAAAUAUUUAAACAUUUUUUAACAAAAUAAAAAUUUAUUUUUGUAUUUAAGCUAAAUUGCCUUUUAAAUUCCUUCAAGCUUGGUUCACUGAGGUGGUUAAGUAUAAAUGCUAUUGACUAGGAAUUAGCUGUAUAGUUAAGUUAUGCCUGUGUGAAGAGGAGGCUCAGAUGCUGUCCUAGGCAGCUUUCCUGAGGGGCCAGAGCUCCCUCGGGACACACAAUAGAAAAUGUAAUUCUUAUUUUAUAAAUAAUGUGAUGUAGAUGUAACUAGUUCCCCCUCACCCCCAUGACUGAGGUUGAGUGCUGUGGCAGGGGACUGUCCCUCCUCACCCCUGGGGAAGAGGGGGUGGCCUGAACCUCCAGUCCUGUGUACCUGUUGGGGGUGGGGGCAGCAGGCCCCGGGCCUAGAAACCAAGUUUCCACAGAUACCUGACAGAAGGUAGGUCCUCUUGGUUUGAGUGCUUAGAGCUAGUUUACCUCAGUUCCGCAGGCAGGACCGCGGGUCCGGGAGCCCCAGGGAGAGGGUGUCCCUGCGCAGCCUGAGUGAGGGUGUGGGUGGGUGUGUGGGUGUGUACGCGUACGUGCACUGGACGGGAACAGGAGACUGGGACUUUCCAUGACAAAGACUUAAUUCCUGUGAGUCUAGUUGGAAUUUUUAGUAUGAAUGUGAGAUUUUUCUCCUUGCUUAUGUCAUUAAGAAUAAAAAAAAAAAAAACUGUGAUCUACCAUA